AUGCGAAUUCUGAUUCUUGGUUCCCUUCUUCUAGUUUUCGGCGUUGAUGCCGAAAUACCAGAGUGUCGCGGAACUACAGUUGUUAACAAACCUGGCACCUCUCCGUUGUACCCAAAGAAUUACAACUGCUUCUAUCAGACAACCGGGUGGUCUGCUAGAGUCAAGCUGAGUUUGAAAGCAACUGAUACAUGGAUGUAUGUAAAAGUGUUUGGUCCGCUUGGUUCUGAAGAAGAAGUUUAUUCUGCUGAAUCUGAAGAAUUUUUCUUUAUUUCGGAUGGUGGAACAAUUCAAUUACAAACCGGAAAUGGAACCGUUCAGUUUGGUUUUACAGUUGAUUGGGUGCAAAACGGUCCCUUCUCACCAUCCGAAAUCCGUGUCAAUCAAUCUUCGACGCUUCCUCCAACCUCUGGAAUCCUCAAAUUAUCCUCAAUUCUUGUUACCGCAGACACCCAUGUCUCCCUCACGGCGAUUGCUUACAACACCGUCGAUUAUUAUAUGUUACUCCGAGGUGUACUAGUCUAUGAUGGUCCCGAUUUGAAUUCCCCAUACGUUGGAACCGUAUAUCAAUUGUGGACCAGUCAGACUCAAUAUGUUUCCACUAGAAAUCAACUAACCAUCCAGUUUUUGAAUCGAAAUCAACUUUUACAAGAACAAAUGCUCGUUAUACAAGAUUAUGAGAAUACCAAAGGAAUUGCUCAUUUCCUGGGAGUGUCUUGUCAAAGCGGAACUAAUUGUGGAAAAUUUUCAAUUGAUGCUUCAAAUGGUCCGGUGGCAAUUCAAACUAUUUAUUCGGCGAAUCUGUUAGAGGUCGAUGUGCUCACAGAAAUCGAUGGAACCGGAACUCUGGAAGUUUAUAUGGGAGGAGUCACCAAGAAUAAAGAUAAUGUAUUAGCAUAUUAUAAUGCUCAAACCAAUUCUCCAUAUCUGCCUCAAAAAUUCCAAUAUCCAUUGAAAACCUAUGUGCUAACCAGAGGAAAAGCGAACAUCAACAUCACUCGUGACACUGAUGAAUUUGGAAAAACCAAAGAUUUUGGGAGAAAAGGAUUCAUUGCGUCCACAUUUUUCGCCCAACUCGACGAUAGGCAACAUGCUUAUGGGAAGAUUUUGGCGCCAAGGGGAUUUUCGAACGCCAAAUUCAAAUUGAGAUUCAUCAAUGCGGAUAUGACCGGGAAUACGAUGAUGUACAUUGAAGGAUAUCAGAAUGGAGUGACGAUUUUCGAAAAAGACUAUAACUCAACUGUGCUGCCAGACUUGAACAAAGAUAUUUUUAUCACUGGAGACAGUUUUGAAAUAUUCGACUUGUCUUUGCUCUCCAAAGAAAUGCGCUUGAAAAUCAAGCAAAUCAAUUUCCAAUUAGACUGUUUAGAAAUCAACAAUUUUGGAUCUAAAAACUGGAUAAAAUUUAGAAACUAUUCCGAAGAAGUGCCAGCAAUGACAUUUAACUUUGACACGGAUUAUUAUGAUUGGGGGUGGAAGAUCAAAAUUGGAGAGAAGAAUGUUGAAAUGAGGUUUGUCGAGGUCGUCUUUAUUCAACCAACGAUUACUACUGUCAAACUAAGGACUUUGAAUCUGACCUCAAGAAUCUUCUGGAUUACUUCUCUAGUAUUUUCCAUUUUAAAUCCGGAUUCGCUGUUAUUGAACUGGAUAGCAAGUCACAGAAACUUCGAGAACUCUUAUCCUAUUUUCAACAAUAGACUUGUUCUUCAAUUAUCUGGGGUUCUAUACAGCUACACUGGAUUAGAUUCCUUGAUUCAAGGGAACUAUGACGGUCUUGAAGGCUUUGUGGCAGAUUUUGAAUUUGGGAAUCGGUUUGAUUAUCGGGAGAUCCUCAAAUUAAAACGUUGCUCAUUCAACUAUGCUAGAUUCUUCACUCGCCAAGAUUUGGUAAACCUGGAAUUUGAAAACCUAAGAAUUCAAAAGCAUCGAUUAACUGGAGACGUUGUGAAUGCGUUCAUAAAGUCGUGGUUGGCAGGAAAUCACAAAAAUCUUCAGCAUUUGGGAGUUUCAAAAAUUUUUGGACUGGAAGAGAUGGAGGAUGUGAGUAAAGGAUUGGAGACGAUGAAAUGGGAUGAGACCAAGAGAGAUGGGCAUUUUUUGUGA